UACUAGGGAUAUUUAUUUAGUAUAGUUUAGAUUGGCAACAUUGGAACAACCAGAAAGUUCUUUUAAGCUUUGAGUUCAAUGAGCAUCACUAGUCUAGUUUUACGAAGGAAGUUGUAAAUUGAUUAUACUUUCUUCAAUAUUUUGUGCAACGACAUCAGAAUCAGCAAAAACGCAAGUCCGAAGGACGGUGGCGUCGCUGGUUGCGGUAGCACAAGGUAAAGUCACAAUUAGAGAUAUUAAGUUUAUGCUGGAAAUUCCGUCACGUCAUUCUUGGUGCCCCCAGAUAAAAACGUUGCCGGCACACGGUUUAUAUUUGUGCGAAGUCGAGUACGCUAGGGAGGACUUGGACACUUUUAGGAGCACAGCAGAGAUUUAAUUUUCGUUUCAGGAUGGUUGGGUCUAGAGUGUAUGUAGGCGGGCUGCCCUAUGGGACCACAGAGCGGGACCUGGAGCGUUUUUUUAGAGGUUACGGCAGGAUGAGGGACGUUCUCAUCAAAAACGGAUACGGGUUUGUUGAGUUUGACGAUUAUAGAGAUGCAGAUGAUGCUGUGUAUGAAUUAAACGGUAAAAAACUUUUAGGGGAGCGUGUGACCGUGGAAAGAGCCCGAGGGACACCCAGAGGUCGAGAUCAGUGGUCCACCAGUAGCAGCAGCAGCAGCCGCAAUAAUGACCACCGCUCCCAUGAAAGGUAUGGGCCACCUACCCGCACUAACUACCGAUUGGUUGUUGAGAAUCUGUCAUCCCGCAUCAGUUGGCAAGAUUUGAAAGAUUAUAUGCGCCAGGCCGGUGAAGUUACCUAUGCUGAUGCCCACAAACAGCAUCGCAAUGAGGGUGUGGUAGAAUUUGCUUCGUACUCUGACAUGAAAACUGCUAUUGAGAAACUCGAUGACACUGAGUUGAAUGGCAGACGAAUCCGUCUCGUAGAAGACAAGAAAACAAAAAGUAGGCGCUCAACUUCGUAUAGCAGCCGCAGUAGAUCACGCAGUCGUUCUCCCAGACGUUCCAGGUCGCGUAGUCGCUCCAGGCGCAGUUCCCAUUCCAAGAGCAAGUCUAGGUCUCGUUCAGGUAGUGCUAAGGCAGACCGCGAAAAGUCUAAAUCAAGGUCACGUUCAAGGUCGAACUCUCGUAAGAAGUCAAAUGAUCGCUCCAGAUCAAACUCUAGAAAAAAGUCUGUUGAACGCUCCCGCUCUAGGUCUCAUUCACCAACACCUGACAAGCGUUCCAAGUCACGUGAGGAAUCCAAAGAUAGAUCCAGAUCCAGGUCACGUUCUGCUAGCAAAGGUAGAAGCAAGUCUAGAAGUAGGUCUCCUUCAGCAAACUAAGUGUAGAACUAUUUUAAAUCCAACCGAAUCCAGUUUUGUGUUUAACAGUAGUAUAAAACGGACAUUUUAAGAUUUAUAAUUAGUGAACUCAAACUCAAUUAAAUCUUCAAUUCAACAUUUUGUUAAAUUAUUAUUGGUGUAAAGAAUUAUUUUUCUCAGAAAGGGUUUGUUUUUUUUUUUAUUAAAUGAUGACCUUCAAACAUUUCAUGUGUUUUGUACUAUACUGUGAAAACUAAAUAGUUAAGUCUCUUAUGCAACAGCCUAUUCACUCUCUUAAAUAUGAGUUUCUCAGAGUCCAUCAAGCGGCAAAAAGAGAGAUUGCAAAAAACUGUCACUUUUGUUAAAUAUGUAGAUGGGAGAAUUUUCAAAGAAAUUAAAGAUGAACAUCCUCAGUUUAUUGGGAAGCAGUAUGGUUUUGUGGUAGAUGAAAUGCCUGAUAAAGUUCCUGCUAAAGUAAUAGAUAAUAUUUAUUUAGGUUCCCAGGAUUGUUGUGAAAUAGAAGUAUUGGAUAAGUUCAAUAUCAAGUUUGUUUUGAGUAUAGGAGUGGAAGCUCCUAUCAAAUAUGAUGAUAUAACCUAUAAAUUUAUUGAAUGCAUGGAUUUGCCAGAAACAAACCUUACUCCAAUUUUAAGAGAGUGUAUACCAUUUAUAGAAUAUGCUGUGAAACAGCAUCAUAAUAUUCUAGUUCAUUGUAAUGCAGGUGUUAGUCGUUCUUCAUCUGUUGUAAUAGGUUAUCUCUUGAUUGAUAGAAAAUAUAGUUAUUUACAAGCAUACAAUGUUGUUAAAACAGCAAGAAGUUGUAUUAAUCCCAAUGCUGGUUUUGAAAAACAAUUGCAACAUUUAGGUAGGUAGUUUUGGUUCAAAUAAUUUUAAAGUUAGAAGUUAAUUCCGGUAGUAAUUGAAAUGAUUGUUUUGCGGUAAAUAUGUUUUUCUGUAUUUACAACAAUAAAGUUUUAUAUCCAA